UCACUGGCCACUCAGUCCCUGACGUCCUCGGGGGGCUGCACUUUAAUUUGGAGGACAGCCAUUUGCUAUUCUUAAAACUCAAUUCUGUGGUGCAGUGUUGAGGGAAAGAUCUCUGUUCUCCCUCCACCUUUUUUCUCCUGCCUGUAGCUUUGUCUGGUAAUAUGCUUUUUGUUGUUUCCACCAAGCCUGCAUGAAAGUGAACUUUAAGUGGAGAGUGAAAAGUUUUUGCUGUUUGUGAGGAGGUCUGCUGUAACUCAUCAUGAGCGCCAGCCUUGUCAACUCUUUAGCCAAAGUCUAUGAUCCAAACCCUCUUCAUGGUCAGAAGCCUGGUGGAAGGAAGCUUUCGCUUAACGGAUCAGACAAGUCCCAAGCCUCUUCAUCAUCACCUUCCUUCCCUCAUGAUGCAGCCCUGCGCUGCAUGGAGAACCGAAUGGACUCCCUGACUUCUCAGAUGGAGCGCUUGCUCAACAUGCAGCAGAUUGUCUUGACCCGGCUCGACGGCUUGACCCUGGACAUCAGGGGUAUGGGUCUGGAUCUGACCUCUCUGCGAGAAGGGGGCCAUGGGGGCAGACACGGUUCAGGGAUGGAUGCGACAUGCAGGGAGCUGUGUGGGGCCGUGGAGAGGGCCAGUGAGCGGGUGGAGAGUCAGGGACGCAGGCUGGAAGGGGUGGAGAAGCUGGUGGAGGGUACCCAGCAGGUGAUCAGCUUCAUUGGGGAGGUGGUGAAGAGCUCCAGGCUGGUGGAGCUGCUGUUUAAACAGCCUGGAAAGAAGGCUAACAAGAAGGCGAAGGAUGACAAGGAUAAAGCCAAGCUGUGUCUGAAGGGCUUGAAGGCCCAGAAGAAGAGGAGGGCUGCAGACUCAUCAGACACUUCGUUGCUGAAUGAGCCUGAGCUACAGGAACAGGUGGAAAAGCUCAACAGGCAGAACACUGAGCAUUCCCAUGGAAAAGCAGAGGCUGACAAUCAAAGGGGGAAGGACAAAGGAAGAAAACAAGAGUCUGCAGAGCUGAUCCUAAACGAAUCUCACACCUCUGCCACCCAGCCAGAGGACAGGAAGCAGGCAAUUGAGGAGGAAGAGGAGGGGGAUGUCUUUGAGGACUCGCAGUCAGAAGAAGAAGCAGAAGAUGUUAGUCCAGAACAGGCUGAAAAAGUGGAGGAUGAUGGGAAGACGAAGCAUAAAGGAGAGGCAGAAGUGUCCUCAAACUCAGGCACGGCCCCGUGUGUCAUCGGAGAUAUCUGCAAGACCUCUCCCCUACCAAAAGAAAGCACUGAGGAGAACAGCGAUGUGGCCACGUGCAGCAAACGUCAUGUCACAGAGGAAGACCUGGUGAAGGAUGACACCAAGAAGAGCAGAGUGGAAGACAGUAAAGUGGAAAAUGCUGAUGGACAGGUGGUGGAGGGGGGCGCGCCUCAGGCCUCCAAAUCUGACAAAGUAAAGGCAGAGACAGAAGAGGAGAGGAAGGAGGGAGAGUCAUCAGAGAAGGAAUUUACUAUUGACUUAAGCCCUCCACCAGUAGCACCUUUUGACCACCGCAUAGUGACUCCCAAACCUCAUCAGAUAGCCACCUAUUACACCAUCAACAAGGAUGAGGUCCUGGGAGGGGGACGCUUUGGACAAGUCCACAAGUGUGUAGAGAACUCAUCUGGUCUGACAUUGGCUGCCAAGAUCAUCAAAGCCAGGAGCCAGAAAGAGAAGGACGUGGUGAGGAAUGAGAUCCAGGUGAUGAACCAGCUGAACCACGCCAACCUCAUCCAGCUGUAUGCCGCCUUUGAGUCGCGCCAUGACAUCAUCCUGGUCAUGGAAUAUGUUGAGGGAGGGGAGCUGUUUGACCGCAUCAUUGAUGAGAACUACAACCUGACAGAGCUGGACACGGUGCUGUUUAUACGCCAGAUCUGUGAGGGGCUGCAGUACAUGCAUAAGAUGUACAUCCUUCAUCUUGACCUCAAGCCUGAGAACAUUCUUUGUGUCAGCAGAGCCACUAACAAGAUUAAAAUCAUAGAUUUUGGCCUAGCCAGGAGGUAUAAGCCCAGGGAGAAGCUGAGGGUCAAUUUUGGGACACCUGAAUUUUUAGCUCCUGAAGUCAUCAACUAUGAGUUUGUUUCAUUCCCCACAGACAUGUGGAGCCUUGGUGUCAUCACAUACAUGCUGCUGAGUGGCUUGUCUCCGUUUCUCGGGGACGACGAUAAUGAGACACUAAACAACAUCCUGGCCUGUCAAUGGAACUUUGAGGAGGAGGAGUUCGCAGACAUUUCCGACGAGGCCAAAGACUUCAUCACCCUUCUGCUGGUGAAGAGCAAGAGCUGGAGGAUGAGCGCAUCAGAGUCCCUCAGACAUCCCUGGCUGUCAGACCGGAGUCUGCACUAUCGACUUAGCCAAAAGAAAAACAAGUGCCACUCCACACAUGCUCCUCCUUCAAAUAGCUAGACAGAAACACUGUGAGGCCCUCAGCAUGCCUUUCAACAAUGUAGGGCCCUGGGGCUCAAUACUGGACCAAUGCUGCUGUACCUGUUUGGCUACUGGAUAACUACUCUCGCUGUACCUGUAUGGCUACUGCUUAACUACUCUUGAAUUGUACGCUUAGUGCUGCAGCUUGUAGUUCCAACCUGUAUAGUUUGAGGCCCACAGGAGAGAAAGAGACUUUUUAAAAACGCUGCCAUCAAGGCACAAACCACCUGCUAGCAUGCUUGCUGUCCUGUAGAGCUCAAAACUUCAGACUGUUCCAGUGGGGACUUGCUCGCUCUAUGGUGGUGUACAGAACAACCUGCUGCAAUGGUGAAUCCAGAAUGUUAGACUAAGAAGUUGAAUUACUUGUCACUUCUACAACUUCCACAUAUACCACUGAAAAGAUGAAGAAAAACUGAAAAUCAGCAGUUUGGCGUCAAACAGACACUGUUAUCCUCGUCUGACAGUGAUCAGUUCAUCAUGUUGUCCUGGUUUGUUGCAUGCUUUGCACUUUUUGGCCUAUUUCUUCAAGAUUAGCAAACGAUUUAUAGAUUGAAUGCUGUUAUUUAAAUAAUAUAUUUUUGUGAAUACAGAUUUUCUUUCUUUCUUUUCAUUUACAAGUCUUAUAAAAAUGUUCUUCUGUCUUGACAUAAAGUAAAAAAAAAACAUGUAAACUUUGCUGAAGUUGAAGUCGCACCACAUUAAUUUAUUUUGUAUAUACCACAACACUACAUAUUCUCAUUCCCCUGUAAAGUGAGAAUAUCUCAAUGACUCAGUACUUCCUGGUUCGAGCCAAAGUCAACCCACACCUCUGGUACGUUUUCACUGUAGACUGGAUUGCCUUCUGUAUGCGUUCAUGCCACUAGUUCGCCUUUGCUUGGGCAGUUUGGAGUAGCCCUCUCACCUUCCAUGAAGGCAUAACGAACAACAGAAUACUACCUAUGAAUGAUUCAUGUUUAUGACUGAAGUGGAUUCUUAUGUUCAUUUAUUUACUGGUUCAACACCAGAUUGUACUUGAAGUGCAAAGCUUUUACUCAAGAUGGGAUUUCUUUCAUGAGAGACAAACAGUAUUUCACUUAGUUCUGCAAAUACUGUAUGUGUAAAUGAACAGUUGAACUUGAUGGAAAGCCAACAACAGAGCAGAGACAACAUCAGGCAGUGCUUUUUUUUGUCCCAUUCUUUCAAAGAGAUAGGAAGUUGGAUGAAUGUCUGUCACUCAGUUUUUGGCUGCUCCAAUUGGAAAUGGAAAAGCUUUGUGAUAAUGAAUACUUGUGUAACUGAAUUUAUGAUACCUUUUUCAAGUUUUCUUGUGUAAUGAUGAGACAUAAUUACAUGUAGAAUAUGAAUAAGCGAAUAA